AUGAAGCGUUGUCCCUUUCAUCGAGUAGACCCGAGCCCUUGGCCCUUUUUAACGUCUUGGGGAUUGGGUGUUUCUGCAAUUAGAUUUGCGCAAUUUCUGCACGGAGAUUCCUUUUAUUGGGUAGUAGCAGGGCUUUGUAGGACCGUUAUGUGCAUUUACUGAUGGUUUGUUGACAUUGUUACCGAGGCCACCUACCUGGGCAAGCACACGAUUCGGGUGCAGCGUGGAAUUCGAAUUGGGUUCUGUCUUUUUCUCUUGAGGGAGAGAAUAUUUUUCGUAUCAUUUUUCUGGGCUUUUUUCCAUAGGGCUCUAUCCGCUAGGCAUGUUGUGGGAUGUUAUUGGCCCCCGGAAAUGCUUUCCAUACAUUGUAAGGGUAUUCCGUUAGCUAACACAGGUUUAUUGGUAGGGACGAUUUAUCCCUGCAAUGUCGCCCAGAAGGCGAUUAAAAGUGCUCAGCUUCGUCCCCUUUUGCUUUGGUUGGGAGUGGUGAUGGUGAUGGGGGCAUGCUUUGUGGGUCUCCAGGUCUGGGAAUACUACACAGCCAAGUUCACUAUGGCUGAUGGGAUUUACGGAAGGUGUUUCUUUGCUCUGACAGGCCUUCAUGGACUACAUGUGGUUGGAGGGCUGAUUUUUCUGUUUGUGGCCUGAAACCGGGCUCGGUUGGGCCAUUUUUCUCCCCAGCGUCAUUUAAAUCUGACUUUCGCCGUAUGGUACUGGCAUUUUGUUGAUGGUAUUUGAAUUGCUGUGUAUGUGUUUGUAUAUAUUUGAACAGGGUGGGGGUGGCAGUGAAGGUUUACGGAAAUAUUUAGAAGUCUUUCUGCGCUGCAUUCGAAGGCUGUGUUGGUGAUUGAAAGGCUGGAAUCUAGGGUAUAG